AUGACAUGUUUGUCUGAGACUUUGGCAUUCUCGGUUCUUUUCUUUUGCCAAACGGACAUUGGAUCGAAAAAGGACGGCGCCCUGAUCAUGAUUUGUCCUGGGCAGGACUUUAAAAGGCCCCGAUUCUCUACGUUGAGGAUCGGCACGGAUGGGUUUGCAGCUGCAGUUCGGGAAUUAUGUCUGUCUCCCUCUGCGAAUAGGAAAGGUUAUCCUGGCAACCCAAUUACGCCAUUUGGCGCACGAAAAUGUCCAGAUUACGCUCAGAUCCACGGAUCACCGGAUCAUGAGCGUUGGACAGGUGGGCGGCUCCGGCCCCCACCCCCGAAGAUGGCCGAUUUGGCCCCGGUCUCCGGACCGGCUUCCAGGCCCGCCGAAGGCAACCUGGUUGAAACGACGAUCGAGAUCGACAGCAAUGUCAGUAUUUCUUGUCACAAUCGCCCUCUGGGCAUAUACUGUGUUAAUUCGCAUUAUGCGGAACUAUCGAGAUGUAGCACGUACUCGCGUACUGUGUUUGGUGCUCUUAAGCUGCGAAGCUCAAGAGCCCGACCCACCGUUGCAGCUUGUGGGCGACUGAUGGAAAAGAUUGAGCAACACAACCGCUGUCGGAAUCCUGACAGACGGGGGUACGCAGGCUGUUAUAUAUUUAAACAGUCUGCCUAUCCAGUGCCUACAGACGGGGUCCUUUCUGAAGGAGAUAAGCGCGAUAGUAAGAGCGACAUGCCGAGAUCGUCACAUCAACUCUCACGAUUUCUCGCGGCAGAGGCUACUUUGCUCCGGAGCCAGCAUCUCGGACUAGGCCGAGGAGGAUCUACCCCACGAUACACGCCACCACCCAUCCGGGUGCCGAUACGUGGGGACAACGUUUGUAUUGGGGGCCCGAAAGGGCUCAUGAGUUUGGGCUGGUCGCGUCUCUCUGAUGUGGUCACAUCUGUGGCCAUGGAGAAAAGCUCGCGUCUCGAUCAACAGUUUUGGGGUUCUACGGUGGGACCACGCGACAAGGGGAAGCAACAGGUGGGGUAUUCUGGCUUCAAGCCAUGGGAAUGCAAGCCUGGCACUUGUUCCCGACUUUCGAGGUUGGUUAAAACUUUGACGACAUUGGGGGACAGCGGGUGGAGGAUUACUGUUUAG